GCCCCCCAUGCGCCUGGCUGAUAACUAAGAAAAGACGCUCGCUGCUGCUUGCUUGCUGCUUUGCUGCCUUUGCCCGCUCCGACUCUUCCAGCCCACCAUUCUCCUCCCUUGCGCCCGCGUCCCUCGCCAUGGCCCGCGUCCAGACUAUCGGUCUCGCCCACCUGCCUGCCCACCCCGUGCACGUCGCCCUCUUCGAUCACGUCACAAACGCGGCCGCCUUGCGCCAGCACCUGCUCAGUGGCAACCCCGAGUUCGAGUACGCUUUUCUCGACGCCACCACCAUUCUCUCCACAUCCCACCUCUUGGCCGCCGUCUUCCGCGCCCUCAACGACCUGCUCAACGCCCGCUUGAAGAGCCGCAACGUGCACUCGGAGAUUGUCUUCUCCCUGAGCCCCAACAACAACAUAGCCGAGUCCUUCCGCCGCUUUGGCAUCCAAGAUGCCACCACGACUCUCCUCGCCAUCAAGGUCUCCACCCCUUCUUCCCCCGUGACUGCUGAAGCCGUGCAAGCGCACCUCUCCACCGCAAUCGAGGGCACGCCGCUUGAACUGACCGAUGCGGAGCUCGCCCGGUUCACUGACCUCGCGCGCAUUCGCAAGAUCUACAAGCUCGACUCCGCAAAGCCGAUGGAUGGAACGGCCGACGAGCCUGUCGACGAGAGAAAAGACAUGGAGGCGGUUGUUUUGGGAACCAUGGCACUGAAGGGAUCAUGA